AUUACUUCAAAGACUACGCAUUAAGUCGAUCGCACGGCCUAUUAGACACAAACGAAGGCGAUAAAAAUAACGACGAAACAGAGGACAACGGAGACGAAGAAUCGGAUGAGAAUGCCAUGGACGAAGUAUGUGUGUAUGUGGGCUCAGACGACAACACCUGA